GCGGGUCAGCUGACACCAGCAGAACCAGGAAGCGACUGGAGAGAAUUAUUAUACGUUAUAAUUUACUCACCGCAUGUCGGCGAUCAUUACUUCAUAUCUGGAAUAUUAAGAAAUCUGGCGUCUCUGUCCGCCGUGUGAAGAUCAGUCAGGGACAUGUUUGCAGCAGACGACGAGGACGGAGACUUUCUGUCUCCCACUGGAGGAGCAAAGUUAGCCUCUCUCUUUGGACUGGAUCAGGCAGCAAGCCAGGGGAACGAGUCUUUCCAGUACACGGCACCCAAACAGCCCCGCAAGAGCUCUGGUAACUCAGGACCCCAAUCCCAAAAGUCUGCACCUCCUCCAAACUCUCCUGCUGUUCUCUUUGCUACUGCAGUACAUGCCUACAGAUAUGUUAACGGACAAUAUGUUAAGCAAGGCAAGCUUGGAGCUGCAGUCCUUGGAAAUAAUACAACUAAAGAGUACAAGAUCCUGCUGUAUGUCAGUCAACAGAAGCAGGUGACGGCUGCCAGGAUCCACAGCGGCUUCAUCCUCACUGUCCAGCCCAGUAACUACUGCACAUUUUACGAUGAUCAGAGACAGAAUUGGUCGCUGAUGUUCGAAUCAGAGAAAGCGGCUACAGAUUUCUGUAAAGAGGUUUGUCUUGCCAAAGUGAACUGCAGCGGUACGUUAGACUCGGUCGUGAUCCAGGAUCUUGUUCUCAGUGAGGGUCAGGCUGUGGAGAACGGAGACUCUUUAGAAGUGGCCUACACUGGCUGGCUCCUACAAAACAACACCAUUGGACAGAUGUUUGACUCGAAUCUGAAUAAAGACAAACUGCUGAGAUUGAAGCUCGGGGCUGGGAAAGUCAUUAAGGGUUGGGAGGAGGGCAUGUUGAACAUGCGCAAAGGUGGAAAGCGGCUUAUGGUGAUUCCCCCCAGUCUCGCGUACGGGUCGCAAGGCGUUGCCAAUCGCGUCCCACCUGACAGCACGCUGGUCUUUGAAGCAGAGAUCCGUCGGGUUAAGUUUGCAAAGGAUGGAAGUUCGAGAGAUUCGGCGGCUCCGUCUCCUGCUCCCAGCGUGGAGAGUCUGACCCCUUCUGAGCUCAGCCAGCCCCUCAGCACUGCCCCAACCAGCAAACCCAGUGAACCACCUCUUCGAGCAAAAUCAAACUCCCUCAGUGAGCAGCUCAGUAAUCCUGAUGCCACUAAAGCUAAACUGAUCUCACGCAUGGCAAAAAUGGGCCAGCCAAUGCUGCCCUUCAUCACCGGCCCGGCUUCAUCCCCCUCACAGCCAGACUCUAGUGACUCAGAACUUGAGGACCCCAGUGUAUCCAGACUCAAGGAACGUAGCAGUGCACCAUCACCACAGCCUGUACACAUCUCCUCCGGCCCGCCACCUUCAGUGCAAGCUUCAGCUCUUCUACCUGUUACCAUGGCAACAGCCAAUCCACAGCCCAUGAUGCCGGGAGCCAUACAUGCCUUUCAGCCUGUAAGCCAGAUGUACCCCACACAGACUGUGCCUUACCAAGGAACUAGUGAUGUCACAUCCUUCUUGAUGACAGAGGCUCGACAACACAACACUGAAAUCCGAUUGGCUGUUGGGAAAGUGGCAGACAAAUUGGACCACUUGUCCUCAAAGAUUGAGGACCUACAAAAGCAAGGCAGCGUUUCGUUGGGCUUAUCAAACGUAUCGAUGGAAACAGCAAUGAUCAUGCACAACAUUCAGAGAAUAAUACAGGAGAAUGAAUGUCUGAAGAAAGAGGUGUUUGAGAAGAGUUCACGCAUUGAGGAGCAGAACCGCAAGAUCGGCGAGCUCAUCAAUCAGAAUCAGAGGUAUGUGGAGCAGAGUAAUCUGAUGAUGGAGCAGAGAAACGACUCUCUGAAGAACAGCAGUGAACAGAAUCAGGCCAGAAUACUGCAGGCAGAACAAGACAAGCAUGCACUGCCACAGGAAUUGAGUUGGGAUCAGGCGCGUUUGACAGAGGAGUUGGCGUCGUCUACUGCACGCGUGUCGGAGCUGCAGCUGGAGUUGAGCUCUCAGCAGCAGAAGGCCGCAGCACUGCAGACCAAACUCAACUCAGCCCUGCAGGACAGUCAGCAGCACAGCACACACAUCACAACACUGGAGGCUCAGAUACUGGAGCUGAAGGAGACAGCAGACAGAGUACAGAAUCAAUACAAGAUGGAGAAACAGAAACGAAAGGAAGUGGAGAUCAAACUCAACAACAUGGAGGAAGAGCUACAAGACAUGAAAACAGAGAAAGACAGUCUGGAACGAACUCUCUCUGAGAGGAAGAGGAAGUGGCAGUUGGAGAGACAGCGCUGCGACGAGGAACUGGAAGAGGUGAGGAGGGCAGGCCAGCAGGAGUUAGACAACCUCAGGAGCCAACUACGUAAAGCCAGAACAAGCACCGACCAAGCUGCAGCUGAACAGCUGUCUCAGCUGCAGGCUGAUCUGGAGCAGGAGUGGCAGGUGAAGUGUGAUCAGGCUCUGGCAGCGGCACGUGAACAGCAGAGGAGAGACAUGACUGAACUCACAGAGCACAGAGACUCACUACAGCUCAAACUCACACAGCUACAAGACAAGUUUAAUACACUCAAACAGUCCCGUGAAUCAGAGGAACAGCUUUUACUACAGCAGCAGGACCAGAAAGAAGAGCUGCAGGCCUUGAGAGAAAAGUGCUCUGCGCUGGAGCAAAGAGCGGCGUUGCUGAAGCAGCAGGGGGAGACGCGAGUUUCGGAGCUGGAGAAGAAACUGACGGAGCAGCAGCAGCCAACAGACACAGCAGAAGAGGUGAAGCGUGUGAUGAAUGGAGUGUUUCAGUCUCUCAGAGGGGAGUUUGAUCUGAAUGAGACCUACACAGGAAGUGCCGUACUCCGAGUGCUGGUCAGCACUAUAAAGAAUGUCACACUGCAGCUGCUCACCAAAAAGCAAAGAUCUUCAUCUGAACACAGUGAAAAAGAAGAAGAAGAAGAAGAAGAGGAGGAGAAUGAGGAGGAGAGAGAGACUGACGCACAGCCUUCACGUGAAGUGCAUAUAAACGGACAGAGAGAGGAAGAGGAGCAGAGAGAGACGGAUUCUGCAGGGCAGGAUGAAGAUGGACAGUUGCAAGUGGAAAAGAAAGAUGUUUCGGUAGCAGAGGAGAAGAAAGAAGAAACGGAGGAAUUCGAAAGUGAGGAAGACAGGAGUGAACAGCAAGUUGUAGAAGAAAAGAGCGAAGAGAAAGUUGUGGAAGAGAAGGAAGUGGAAGUUACAGAACACCGUGUGAAAGAUCAGGAGAUCAGUGAGAGCGGCACAGAAACUAAACGUGAAGAAAAGACUGAAAGCGCAGAAACUAAACACGAAGACGAGGCUGAAAGUGUCAUCACAUCCAAACAGGAUGUGACCACAGAGCCACCUGAGGAUGUUAAUCCUACACGGGAAGUGAGGGUAAUUGAUGAGAGCGUUACAGGGCCUUUAGAUGAACCAGAAAGCACAUAUACGACAUUAGGUGGACCUCCCAAGAACCCACCACCACCUCCUCCCGCUCUACAGGACGAGACCAGCGAUACAUCUGCGCCGCUCUCCAGAUGACCCUGCAUAGACAGCAAUGCAACUGACACGUUCAAGACCCAGAAAGGUAGCAAGGACAUCAUUGAAAUAGUCCAUUUGAUAUCAGUGGUUUAACCGUGAUGUUAUAUAGCUACAAUAAUACUUUUUGUGUGCAAAAAAAAACAAAUAUAACGACUUCAAUUCAACAAUUUCUUCUCUUCUGUGUCACAAGAGUACAACAACGCAUGUGUGUGAUGCUGCAGGGUCAGAAAGCUCUCAGAUUUAAUCAGAAAUAUCUUAAUUUGUGUUCUGAAGAUGAACGAAGGUCUUACAGGUUUGGAACGACAUGAGGGACAUGAGGCUCGUUUUGGAUGAGCUAUCCCUUUAAGAAGGCUUGAAAUAUAAUGCACUAAUCUUAUAAACCACUUUAUGGUAUGUUAUUUGUCAUGUUUGUAGCUAGACAGCAUCUGUUUUUAUUUAUGAUUGUGUGAAAAAGCAGCAGGAACAUUCUUCACAAUUUCCACUUUUCUGUGUUUCACUGAAGAAAGUAAAUCAGACAGGUUUAGAUUGAAAUCAGGGUGAGUAAAUGACUGAAUUUCAUUUCACGGUGAAACAUGUCUUACAUUUAUGUAAUGGAUCAUUAUCUCACGUGAAACCGUCAGAAAUUAGAUUUCACAGCUAGUUUUGCGAAUAAUUAAAUUUGUUUGUUGACGUCCCAUUGCUGCAGUUGAUCUAAUUUAAUCAUUUUUAUGAUUGUUGGUAAACCUCAGAAAUCUCCUUAUGACUGUAUAACACUGUAAAUUAACUUAUCCGUAUCAACUAACACAACCCAUGCUUUAACCCUCACUGUGAGCAUGUGUCAUCUCUGUCUCAUCUGUGCUCAUCCUGCUA